AUGGCGCAGAAUGAUGACAUCGAGAAGUAUAAAAAGUUUUUGUAUGAAGUACUCCGUCCGGAUUAUUUGAAAACAGUGAAACAGGAAGAAGAAAUGAUUCAAGAAAAACAUGAAUAUGAAAUUUUGCUAGUUUCUGUAACAAAAAUCAUUGAAUCCGAAGCACAGAGCUUGAUGACAAGGAUGAACUUGGGACAUCAUGUGUUUGCCAACGCUGAAAUAGAGGAUUGUAGCAAAGUUAUCGUGAAAAUGACAGGGGACAUGUUUGCGGAAUUGCCUCUGGAUCGAGCUGUAGGUUUUAUAGAAAAGAAGAUUGAGAUAUUAGGUCAGAGAGCUGAAAGAAUUCAGGAAACAGCUAGUAAAAUAAGAGCUCAUAUGGAUUAUGUACUUUCGUCUAUAGCUAGUUAUGAAAAAUUGUUAUGA